AACGCUUGGGCUUAGUUCCGACUUAUUUUAUAAAGCUCAUUCGUCUACAAUUCAUGUAUUUGGCGAAGAAAACCGUCAAAUUAAGCGGGAAUAUCAGCGAUUUCUAACUGUUGACGUUGAUGAAUUACGAAAUGACGAUGAUCAGAUUCAAUCCCGAACGUAUUUUGUCGCACUUAACAAUCCUAAAGAAAAUGGUUCAUUAGGUUAUUACUAUGGCAAAGUUCACUUGUUGACAACGUAUAUGUCUGAAGAUGGAAAUCAUAGUAUCGGGCAAGGAAUACAGCUAACUUUGUUAUCGCAAGCUAAUCCCGAAGUGUUGCUCAACCAAGCCGAACGAGCUCAGAUUUGCAUGUCUCUUCAACCGAAUAUUUGCAUAUUACAGAAACGUGUUGCAAAGGACAAAAGGCUAAAUCGCAAGCGUCUAAAAUCUCGCAUUCAAUAUUAUUCCAAUUGUGUGGCGACGUUCCAGUUGCUGAUUAUUACCUGUGGAGAUAUUCAAACAAACCCAGGACCUUCUACAACUGAACCAACAUCAAGUAACAACCAAUGUUAUCGGCGUGUUUCUGCGGUUAAAUGUCCAGCAUGUGAGAAAACUGUUCGACGCAAUCAAAAACGUAUGGUUUGCAAUAUUUGCAAAGACUUGUAUCAUGCACGUUGUAUCGAGGCAGUUAUACCACAACACAUCCCAUCCGACAAGCCCGUUGAGCAGACAUGUGAUAGAUGUUUAAUAUCACUGCUACCCUUCCAUGGCCAACCUAAUUUAGACGCUUCUUUUCGACAAGAAACCAGUGACAAUCUUCUCAACGACAUGCCCGAUGAACAUCUCAAUGUCCUCACUAGUAGGGCUAACCAACUUAGGCUUGCACAUUUAAACACACAAAGUAUGGUGUCGACAUUUGAUGAGCUACUCGUCACCAUUUCUAAAUAUCCAUUUGAUAUAAUAGCAAUGAGUGAAACAUGGCUAAAGAACAAUCCUCACUUAUUAGAAUAUGUUAACAUUCCUGGCUACUCUAGCGCCUUUCGCAACCGAGAUAAAAUUCGUGGGGGAGGUGUUGGUGUGUAUUUGAGGGAUACUAUUAACUACAAGAGGCGUACAGAUAUUGAAGACAUCGAACCUGAACUAGAACACAUAUGGCUGGAAAUACCUGGUAAAAAUAAACACA